AUGAAUACUACAGUAUUCGGCAAAACCAUGGAGAACGUGCGCAAUCACAUCGAUGUAAAAUUAUUAACACAAUGGGAUGGACGAUACGGCGCAGAGGCAAUGAUCGCGAAGCCGAAUUUUCACAGCAGAAGUGUAUUUUCUGAAAAUCUGAUAGAAAUUGAAAUUCGUAAACUUGAGGUGAAGUUCAACAAACCGAUCUACCGGUAUGGCCCAUGCAUACUUGCUCAACAUAUCGAUGACAGUCAGUAUGUAGUGAUGACCUCUGUUGAAACGCGAGUAUGGAUGCAUCUCGACGAUGUCAGCCUGCAACAGAUCAGCAUAUCCCCGGACUACGACGCGCCUUAG